AUGCCAACUCCUGUGGUGCAUAAACGACACCGCCGCAUGGAGAUGAGUUUUAGUGCGUUCUACAUACCCAAAGACAGAGUGCAGAAGCCUUCAGCUCAAGGCGAGGAUGCUCACUUUAUCCAUGCGGAGAAGAAUACUAUUGGCGCGGCCAAUGGCAUUGGCAGUUGGGCUAAAUAUGGUGUGGACGCUGGAGAAUACACACACCAACUCAUGAGGAAUGCUUUGAUUGCAAUCCAUAAUCAACGACCACCCAAUGGUGUUGUGAAACUAAGAGAAGCUUUGGAGGAAGCUUUCCAAAAAACCAUGGCUUUAGGUUCAUCUAUAGCUUGUAUUGUGACAUUCAAGGAUUAUUAUUUACAUUCUAUCAACAUUGGAGAUAGUGGGUUUAUGAUUGUUAGAAAUACUGAAUAA